AUGUUCCGCCAGACGGGUGUGUGUUUGAGCGCGGUGACGAAGCGAACGAAGCGGGUGUCUGUGCAACUUCUCGCGGACUUCCCACGUCUGCAACUGUACAGGGGCCAAGUCGCGAAGGUGCGCCCCGCGUUGAUGAUCAACACUUUGCACCGACACAACGGCGCACGGUACGUGCUCUCCGAGAGCGACGUCGAUGUAUUGCUUGCGAGACAGUACAGGGACCGACAGACGCUCUUACGGGCACGCCAUGAGAAGGCGGAGAGGGAGAGCAGGGAUAAGUUGGAAAGGGAGAAAGUGGCUGCUCGUUUGCAAGAGAGUGACAAGAACAAGAAAACCGGAAGCAGCAGCACAGGGGUACUGGACAGUCCUGUAACCGUCAAGGAUAUCCGCAUCCCGGGAUUGGACCUGUAG